UUGCGCAUUUUUUUGCAUUCGCGUUCUUUUAAUUAUUUUAGUUUAAUUUCUCUGCCUGAGAUUUAUUUCGCGAACGUUUAAAAAAUGUUAUCAAUUCAUUUUCAAUCACAACAAACCGAACCGCAGAGCAAAAGCCACAGCUAAAUUAAUAUUUUGCAAGGCAGCUCCAAACAGUAUCUAUAACAUAAACAACAACAAUAGCACUACCCCUAGGACAUCCGCCAUAACGCCUCAAGCUCAAGGUUACUCAAAACCCCCCACGCUGCGACUGCAGCUGUCACAAAACCAAACAAGAUGAGAAUAAUCUAGGCUUUUCAAUUUGGAAGACAUUCUCGCGCUUACUCCGUUGUCGCUUCUACUGCCUCGGCAUGUUGUGCUUCGACUCGGAGAAGAUGAACUGGUAUUAUCAUGUGCUGGCACGGAGACCAUACCUGGUGGUCGUCUCAAUUGCAGUUUAUUGCGUGGCCUGCAUUAUAGUCGCAUUUUUACUGAACGACCUACCAGAUUUUAGUGACCCCACCUUGGGCUUUGAGACGCGAGGCACCGAAAUUGGCAAACGUCUAACCGCUUGGCAUAAUCUGGAUCAGGAGGUUGACGGCAACGGUGUCUUGUUUUCCAACCCCACACAUCUGAUGCAAAAGCUUCAAUACGACAAGAAACGUGGGGUACCCCGUCAUCAGCAUCCCAAUCACAGGCGGCACAAAAAACAGCGUCGAAAGCACAAAAACAGUAAGGGCCGCAGAGAGCACAAGAAGAACGAGCACGACGACAUGGCGUACAAAAUGAUGCUUAUUAAUAAGCGCCUAAAGGCGACCAAGAGUCCGUUAAGCGAUAAGUGGAUGGGUGACAACGGCGUAUUUCGUGAUUACGAGGUAACAAACGACAGCAGCCCUUCCUUGCUAGAGCCGACCAGACGCAGCGAGGAGAUUGAGUAUGGCCACAAUACAACUUUCGUGGAUGAGGAUGAGCAUCGUGAGCGCGUACAGACCAAGAAGAGCACAUGGCGUAUGCUGAAGCAGGCCUCAUUACCCAACGGCGGAUGGUCUAGCUCAAGAGUGCGUCAGCCCAUCGAGGGUUCUUUUUGUGAUUCUUCACCACAUAAGGAAUACUCACAUUUUGUGGUGCAGCGCAUUGGACCGAAUUCCACAGACUCACUGUUUGAUCUAAAUGGCAUGUUAGCCAUGUGCCAGCUGCAAGAGCAAAUUGGUACCGUGCCGAGCUACCAGGCAUUCUGUGAGCCCGAAAUGCUGACAUUCAAUUGCUGCCGGCCGUGGUCGCUGCCCAACUAUGCCACCCUGUUGGCCAAUAAGAGUUCCUGUUUUGAUCUGACCACGGAUGAUGUGUCGCUGCUACGAUCGCUGCUGCUUAAUUGCUACGAUUACUUCCACUAUCUAAAGCUGGACAUCAAUUGUAAUGAAUUAAAUCGAUGUUAUGCGCCGGAAGAAUGUACGCGCAACAAUUUGGUUUUCAAUGUACUCAACUUUCUAAGUGACCACAGCUUUAUUAAGCCAAAUGUUAGUGUUAUUACGAUAAAGAUUGGUCCAAUUAAUAAUUCUUUUUUUUUUAUACAGGACACUAAUGUUUAUUUGAAAUACGCAAUGAUUUUUGUACCAGUUGCUCGCUCCAAUCGCAUCCUGCCGCUUUUCCACGAAUGGCAACACGUCGAGCUAUGCAAUGAGUUAGUGGAAGUUGUUGCCAUGGAUUUGGGUCUGGAAAAUGAGCUAUUUAGCGAGCUUUUACUAACUGACGUUUGGCUGGUAUCGCUGGGUGGUCUCUUCGUUAUGGCUUGCGUUUGGUUAUAUACAGGCUCUGCGUUUAUUACACUAAUGUCCUCUUGUGCCAUUUGUUUCUCAUUGGGAUUGGCAUACUUUGUUUAUACGCUGGUAUUUGAGUUAAGCUUCUUUCCAUAUAUGAAUCUCCUAGCCAUUGUGGUGAUCAUUGGUAUUGGUGCGGAUGAUGUAUUCUUGUUCCUAAAAAUCUGGCAAUGUGUUCUGGCCGAGCGCUUUAGCAAGAGCAGUACAUUAAACACACAAUCAACGUUGCCCACUCCAUUGGAGCACAAUGAGCAUACGGAAACAUUAGAGAAUCUAAUGGCGCUGACCAUGCGACAUGCGGCAGCUUCUAUGUUUGUCACCUCCGUAACCACUGCUAGCGCAUUUUAUGCCUCCUACAGUAGCUCCAUAACUGCAAUUAAAUGUUUUGGAAUUUUUGCGGGCACCGUUGUGGUCACCAACUAUUUGCUUAUGAUCACCUGGUUACCCGCCUCGGUAUCAAUUAUGGAACGCCUGUUUGCCAGCCACAUGUGCUGCCAGCAACAUUUAACACAAAAAUUGAUCAACGCCUGCAAGAAGUCAAUUAAUCGAUUUUGCGAAUUGUUUGAAGAGUGUAUUACGCAGAGUAUUAUGAGUUAUGCAUACCUGUGGUUGUUCAUCUUUGCCGUGCUGGGCGUUUCCAGUGCGAUCAUUGUGUUUUGGUAUCCGGGUCUACAGCUGCCAGAGAAACCACAUUUUCAAUUAUUUGUGUCACAGCAUCCUUUCGAGGCUUAUACAAAGCUAAGGCAUCAGUUUUGGUUUGAGAAGCCUCUGCAAGGAGUGGAAAAUUUCAAUAUGAGCAUGCGCUUCGUUUGGGGCGUACAAGCGGUGGACGAUGGCGACUUCACGAACCCCAGCUCAUACGGUAACCUACACUAUGACAAUAAUUUUAAUAUAUCAAGCAAGACGGCGCAGAUUUGGUUAAGGAACUUUUGUCAAAACAUACGCCAGCAGCCAUUUUAUCAGGCUACCUUUGGUUUCUUGCUGCCUAAUUGCUUCAUUGAGAACUUUAUAAGAUACAUGGAGCGUAGAUGCGUUGAUGACAUGGACUCAAUGAGCUUGGAUCGCGCACCCUGCUGCGACGCAGAGUUUCCCUACGAGCCGCACAUAUUUGAGGAGUGUUUGCCACAAUGUAUUUCGAAUCUGUGCGAAACCAGUUUCUAUCAGCACGGCAAAGCGGGUCCAAAGUUUGCUGCUGGACCCAUCCACUCGGAUGAGUACUUCGAGGGCAAUAGUAAUGAAAGCUUAAGCAUUGAGUCUACACCUACGCAACUACUCGUGAAAGCGAUCAUUAUUGAGUUUGAUUCGAAUGUCAGAUACAGCACGCUCUUCGCUAACAUCAACCAGUUUUAUGAGAGCGUCGAGACUUGGUUUCAGCAGCAGCUCAGCACGGCGCCUUUGGAGUUGCGUGGUGGCUGGUUUAUCAGUGAUUUGAAGUUUUACAGCGUUCAGGACACACUUUCGCACGACACAAUCAUUGCUAUUGGGCUGGCCAUGGCAGCUUCUCUUGUGGUUCUGCUCUGCUUCACACUUAAUUUUAUUAUUUCCAUAUAUGCCGUCAUUACCGUCUCUCUGACCAUUUUUAACACGGUGGCUGUGCUUAUUUUACUCGGAUGGCGGCUUAAUAUACUGGAGAGCAUUGCUGUAUCGACUGCAAUUGGCUUGGCUGUGGAUUUUAGCCUGCACUAUGGCAUACAUUAUCGGCUCUCUCCCUCUAAGGAGCGCAUUGCAGCCACACAAUUCGCGCUGUCCCGCAUCAUUGGACCAACAGUUAUGGCAGCGACUACCACUGGCGUUGCCGGUGGCAUUAUGAUGGCAUCAAAUAUAUUACCUUACAUACAGAUUGGCAUAUUUUUAGUUGUAGUCAUGGCCACCAGUUGGUUCUAUGCAACCUUCUUCCUGAUGAGCCUGCUUAAAGUGGCCGGACCGCAGUACGAUUUCAUGCAGUUGGGCUGGCCUGCAUGGCGCAAGCGUCGCACUGCAAAGUCUAAUAAGUUCUACGAACGCAAACCCAGUCAAAUAAUUGCCACUGAACAGCUGCUAACACCCACCAGCUCAGCCAUUGUUGAGAUGGCCAAUUCGGAGACACAUGAAUUGGAAUCUCUUAAUUCAAACAAUCAGAUCAGAACCAUUUCAGGUACAGAAAGUGGACAUCCGCCGCCUUCUCUGGCUGUGGACUCAUUUCAAACGACGCACUAGUGGAAAAUAUCAAGCGGAGUCCGCGAUUUUCAAUGGAGCUUCUGAUUGCCUAAGGAGCUGCAAGCAUAUGCAUUUUUUAUACAAAGAGCUACGCAACCAAGCUGUCCGAAAUAUAUACAAUUAAUAUGUAUAUGUAUUUAGCACACAUUGCGCCAUUGUAAGUGUACGUGUGUGAGCUGUGUUGAUAUAUCACAGCUAGUCGUAUGUGCAACUACUUUGUUAGAGUUAAGCGUGACUCAAAGAGGCAAGCGGUUUGCGUAAAUGUUUGAGACAUUUUAUACUUUGCUAAUAUAAUAUUCUAGUAGGCGGAGAUUCGCAAUUAAUUGUACUUAUGCUUGAGCAAACAUUUGCGCCAACUAUUUGGCUAUUUGAUUUACUAUUUAGUGUGCUAUUUCAAAAAGACUUUAAACAGUUGCAAUGCGAUUUUUACUUUGUUAUUGUAACGUUUGACGCUCGCUCGAGCCAAGUGAGCUAAAUAUUGUAAACUGAAGCAAUUGGCGGAAGGUACUGGGUACGUCCAUAAUUGUACGACUGCAUGAUGUCGGUAUUAUUAGGUUUAAGUAAAUUAUUGAACAGCAGAGCGCGUCCGCGUAAUUGUUUAUGUAUUUACGUAUUUAACUGUAAUCAAAACUAUUUAUACUCUGAAUUUUUAUUAGCUGUUAAAUGGGCCAACUAUGUUGAUGCCGGCAUUAUAGUAUGUAUGCAGCUAUAUGUAGUUACCAUAUAUGGUAGUUAUAUACAGAACAAACAUAAAUAUAUGUAUAUAUAUAUAUAUGUAUACUAUAUAUAUAUACAUAUAUAUAUAUAUAAUAUACAUUGGUGUACUAUAUGUGUUGUCUAUCCUACUUAGUUGUAAAUGUUUAAAACACACAGCAACACACAACACACUCGCGUUUGUAAUAACCAUGUAACUGUGAUACAGAAGGUGACAAAUUGAUAAAUACAAAUCUAUGUUUAUACAGACAAUGAGAGCUAGUUAAACAAAAAAUCAUGACGUAUUGUACUUAACUAUAACUGAAAACCUUGUACUUCCUUCAUUGAACUUAUUAAAUGUGUUGAAGUGAUUUAAUAAAUGUUACCUUUAAAACAAUUAAUAAAAAUAUUA